AUGAUCCUGCCAAUUACCCCUAUGCAAUAUAACGGAUUCGACGGCCUCUUCUUGCUUCAUAGUGCCAUUGUUAUUGGCGCCGCUCAUGACUCGGUGGAACGCCAGCCUUCACCGCGUUGCCAUCCCCAGACGCGAAAAGUCGUGUUUGAAAUUAUCUUAGCCUGGACUAAGAAUGCACAACGCGGUCCGCGUGUCAUGUGGGUUCAUGGAGAAGGCGGCUCCGGAAAGACCGCGAUAUCACAAACAGUCGCUGAAUAUUGUGCCCAUACUGGCCAACUCGGCGCGUCGUUCUUCUUCUCGUACAACAAAGGCGAUCUCAGUGAUGGUCGCAAAUUAUUCCUCACGUUGGCGUACAAACUCGCCCACGCUAUUCCCGCCCUUCGUAUUCCCAUAUCUCGGGCCAUCCAGUACGACACGACAAUUCUCAGCGAUUCCCCCGAGGUCCAAGCCGAGAAGCUAAUAAUUGAACCCUUCCAAACGACCCACCACCCUCCCGUCCCGACGCUAGUUCUCAUCGAUGGCCUUGAUGCAUGUGAAGGCGAUGAUAUGCAGCAACGUAUUCUUGCCAUAAUCGCCCAACUUGUUGUUGUCCACAAGCUACCGCUGUUCUUUUUUAUCACGAGCCGAGUCAGUACGACCAUACAAACUGCUUUCGACAGCACCAUGGUUCGCAAAGUCUCGACGACAAUUCCACUCGACGUGUUUACCUCAGACGAAGAAGUCCGCACGUUUCUUCGUAGCGAAUUUGCCUCUAUUCGACAUUACCAUGCACCGGUGAUGACGACAAUUCCAGAGCCGUGGCCGUCUACGGAUGUGGUGGAGUUAUUGGUCAACAAAUCUGGUGGCCAGUUUCUCUACCCCUCGACGGUGGUAAAAUACGUCAACGAUCCUCGAGGUAAUCCUGCAGAACGGCUUGUGGAGGUUGUCGUUGCCGCAGCAGGUCAGAGCAAUCUUUCACCCACAGACCAUCUAUAUCAUCAUAUUCUUUCCAACGGUGUCGGUCUGGUCGGGGAUCCUUCCUCCGUUUUGCAUGUGCUUGGUCCUUUGGCGUGCCUUUAUGCUGCACUUCCGCCGAAUGACCUCGCCCUCUUACUUGGCAUCAGUCCUGGCGAGAUAUCUGAAGUUCUUGGAAACGCUGCAACCAUCGAAUUUUUGACCGACCUCAACAGAGCGGGUCAUUUCUGGGUCGAUCUCGGAGUACACCAUGCUGAGUUGGCCAGCGGAUGCAUACGCUAUAUCGACCAACACCUCGAUGGCUUGGAAGGAAUUAAUUUAGCAUUAUAUCAAUAUACGCGCCGCAGAUGGACAAAACAUCUGGACAACGCCAUUCCAACAGUAGCUUUGCUUGAGCAACUCAGCAAUCCUCGAUUCGUCUACUCGCGCGUACUCCCCGAGAUUGAGAUUGUUAUUUCCUGGCUUCAGAGAAUUCCGGAUAUUUCUGGCGACCUUCUCUAUCUGUGGCAGAGAUGGGCUACUGAACAGCUCCUUCAGCAAUCACCACUCUCUUCCGUCAGAUCAUUCUCGCCCUAG